UGAAAUAAAUUCCCUUGUUUCACACGCUGUACAUUGUAGUGAGCCCUGGUGUACUGAAUAAAAAAAUAUAGCUUUUAUUAGAUUAAACAAAGGGUCCAUCGGUAUUUAAAAGACGAUGACGUGAUCAAUUUUUUUUCUGUUUUAGACCAACAGUAAGUGUUGUAUUACUAAAGGUUGGAUAGCAUAGUAGAUAAGAGUUUGAAGGAGAAGAAGAACAGGAGGAAAAAAAACUGAGAAUAGUUGAACAAAAGAAAACUACCAAAGUCACACACGAAGCGGGUAUGAUUCGCCGAUAAGGCUGUUAAUUGGAGAUUAUCCAGUCUGUCUUCUAACAAUCUUGGAAGAGGAAGCUCCAUUUCUGACGUAACUAAUGUGAUUGUAACUUGCUUACACCUCUGUGAUAUACGGUAGGAUAAGGCCAUCCCCUCCAACCCCAUAGACACGCCACUGUAUAGCGAUUGCCAUCGGUAAAAUAUGGGUUGCCCCCAGUGGCACAGCGGAAUGUCUGCGUACUUACAACGCUAGAACCCGAAUUUCCAUACCCGUGGUGGGCAGAGCACAGAUAGCCCAUUGUGUAGCUUUGUGCUUAAUUACAAACAAACAAAAUUUGGGUUAGAUUGUUGACUAGGAAAUACGAAGAGGAAAUUUGAAGAUUUUUAUCCAGUUCAACAGCAAAAAUCGAAUUAUUUUAAUUGAUAUCUUGUCCACCAGGUGUGUUUUUCUUUGUGAUCAGGAAAAUGGUUCUGAGUAGCGUUAUUGGCGUUUUUCUGUUACUCGGUUUAUCGGAAAGUAUGGAUUUAAAGUAUUCAGAAAUACAAAAGCUUUUAAAAAACAGAACCUGUUUUAUGAAGGACACGUGUGCGACACAAUUGGUAAACAGUUUACAGAUACGACAUUGCAUGUGCGACGACUUGUGUGGAAAAUACGACGAUUGUUGUGUGGAUAUAAAGUCUCGCAAGCACGAUAAAGAACACUGGAAAUGCACCAGAUUAGCCGGAAAUUUAUCUGUGUACGUUAAGGAUAGAUGUAAAUCUGGGUGGAAAGGAGAAGAGAUUCGCAGUCUUUGUGAAAGUGCCAGGAAGGAAACCGUUGGCCUCCUAAGUGAGACGCCAGUUUCUAAUGUUGUGACUGGGGUUGUAUACAAGAAUAACUACUGUGCUAUCUGUAAUGAUGAAGUAGCCGAUAUGGCGAUGUGGAAUCUGAAAUUGAUUUGUCCCUCAAUUAAAAAAGACGAUAUGAAAAACUUGACAGAGUUAGGUAUAAUAAAAAAAUUGGUACGUGAUAAACAUAACCAGAGCUGGGGAUUUCAAGGAGAAACCUUUCAGCCCUGCAGAAUUUUUCCAAGCCCCCCAAAUCCCAUACCGGAGAAUCUGAGGUUCUGCCGGAACGACCUCAUCUCCGAGUGUCUUCCUGAUUGGAGUGACGAUGACGUGAAAAGGAAAUGUGCAACUUACAUGGGAGCUAUGUACACCAAGGUCAAAGGUUACCGUAAUGUCCAUUGUGCUGUCUGUAACAACGUCAGUGUCACUAAUCUGAGAUGUAGGCAACCUUCUGUCGCGAAGAGCUCAAUCUUUAAAUCUAACGCCUUCUCCCUGUUGUUCGAUUUUAACACCAAAAUGGGAGAAUACGUUGGAGAAGAUGUUAUAUGUGAGGACGAAGAACGCUACGACUUUCUUCUCAAACGUUGUGUAGACAUAUCUUGUGGUAUACCUGGUUACAAGUACAUAUCUGGCAAGUGUGUUGCACCAUCGCCACCACUGUUUACAACGUCUCAACCAGACUCCUCUAGUACGCCCUCUUCAAAGUAUGGUCGAAGAGAGGACGAGAGAACAGAGACACCUGACUUCGAACCCCCAGAAAGAAACAACAACAUACAACAAGAUGCAGAUACUACUUUAGACGAAAUAUCAACUCAAAACUACACACUUUCAACCGACAGUGAAAAAUCGGAAUAUCCUGAAGAUUUUAAAAGCUGUCUUAAAGUUUUAAUUUUCAUGAAAGAAUAUAAAAUUUUAGAAGAUGGUGACAUUUUUAUUCCAAAAUACGAACAAACAUACAAUCAGUCUUACUACAUAUUUGAUGGAAAGAAUGUAAUGGUUUGUGGAAGCGAUAAACUUUCAAAAUCUAAUCGCAAAGAAACGUUUUCUGUUUAUCUUGGAUACAUAAGCAACAUUGGCUUAGGAAUAUCAUUGAUGUUUUUAGUUCUUCAUUUCAUUAUUUUUAUAAUAGUUCCAGAUCUUCACAACAUCUGUGGGCGAAACUUGGCAUCGUUAGCUGUAGCAUUAAUUACUUCUUAUUCCUGUUUCAUUAUUGGACAGUUUAAGCUCUCACGAGCUGUUUGCAGCAUCGUAGCAGUAGUGAUGUAUUAUUCCUUCUUAGUUUCCUUUUUCUGGAUGAAUAUUCUGGCCUUUGACGUUUGGAGAACAUUGCGAAUGGCCACAAAGAAUCUCCGCGUGUCUAACGGUAAACAAUGGCGUCGUUUCAUGCUCUACUCCGUGUAUUGUUGGGUUGUUCCUGCCAUCAUUGUCGUUUCAUCUGUUGUACUUGAAAACAUUGAUAGUAUUCCUAAAGAAUACAGACCUGCAUUUGGCAUGAGUCGUUGUUGGUUUAGCCACAGGAGAGCUCUGUUGAUUUUCUUUGCUGCACCUGUUGCACUGAUCAUGCUAAUUAACAUUACAUUUUUCCUCCUAAGCGCAAGGAUGAUUGUAGCUACUUCUAAUACCACAGCUAAACAUCAAGAGUCUUGUAAUUCUCCAAAGAGAAAUUUUAGAUUAUACGCUAAAUUAUCUGUGUUGAUGGGCUUGUCGUGGGUCUUUGGACUUGUAGCGGGAUAUUCUGGUUUUGAGGGCUUGUGGUUCGUUUUCGUGGUUUUCAACACACUUCAAGGAAUGUUCAUUUUCUUUGCCUUCUCCUGUACAAGAAAGGUGAGAAAACAUCUUAUAGAAAAACUUUCUACUCUGACCAAGCCGUCUGUUUACCGUUCCAAGAGAUUAAACUAUGCUACUGCAUCUGGCUCUGGAUACCAAUCACAAUGUACUCUUAACUCUCAUCUGUCACAUCGAAAUUCUUCUCUGAGCCAGAUGAAUCCAAACCAUAUCAGCGUCUGCCAGUCACCAACGUAAGUUUAAUGGAACUGACAUGUCAACAUUUCUGUGCAUCACGGACUGACUCUUGCAGCUGUUUAUAUAUAUAUAUAUAUAUAUAAUAUCUGUAGAAU